AUGUAAAGUGUAAUAAGUGCAAAAAGAAGAAAAUUGAAAAACAUAUUGCGCUCUAAAUUUACAUAAUUUUUUGUUAUUUUACUAAUUAUUACUUAUACUGCUUUAAUUUUUACAAAUAUUGCUGUAGAAGAUUUAGAAGAAGAUAAAAAUAAAUCAGAUUAAGUUUAAGAAUAUUUACUAAAUGUUGAAAUUUGUAUUUUAGCGAUAUUUCUCAUUGAAAUUUUAUUGAAUUCGUAUUCAUCAGGAUUCGUUCAUUAUUUUACAGAUAAAUGGUUAUUAUUAGAUUUCACUAUAAUAAUUGUUAGUAUAAUACUGGUUGUUAUUGAUUUAUCUACAGAUUCAAGUUCUUAAUUUUCUAGUAUUGCAUCUAUUGUAAGAGGAAUUUUUAGAUUUCUUCGUAUUUUUCUAUUAAUUAGAAAAGUAUAUAUAAAAAUAUAUAAUUUUUAAAUUAAUAUUAAUAACAAAUAAAUUAAAAAGAUUUAGAGUUUCAAAAAAUAAAAGUUUCUAGUGUAGUAAAAACACCAGCAGAAAGAAUAUUAGAAAUUUUAGUUGAGUUUAAAGAUUAUUUUGACUCUAUUGAUAUUAUUUAGGAUAUUUAAUGGACUAUGGAUAUUAUUGCCUCUAAUAAAUUAUAUGAUCCAUUAUUAUUUUUUGAUUAAAAUAAAGAAAGUUAGGUAUUUAAUUUAUAAUAAUAAAAUUUUUUAUAAACACAAUAAAAUAAAGGCUUAGGAAUGGCAUAAAAAAUAAUUUUAUUUUAUAAUAUUUAUAAUUCAUAUUUAAAAGUUUUUAAAUAUUAAAAGCUUUUUAUAUAUAUAUAUAUAUAUAUUAUAAAAUUAUUUCUAUUUAAUUUAUAAUUUUAAGGUUGAUGAAUUAAACUUUGAUUGUUUUAAACUUGAACUUAUUACAAAAGGCGAUGAAACUUCUUUACUAUUAAUUUAUUUGUUUAAUAAAUAUAACCUAAUAGAAGAAUUAAGAAUAGAUUAGAAUGUUUUUAAAUAAUUUACAAAAGGAAUUUAAAAUGGUUAUAAAAAUAAUCCUUAUCACAAUAAAUUGCAUUCAUUUGAUGUCCUUUAAACUAUUCAUUUUUUUAUGAAAAAAUGUAAAUUUACUUAUAUAGCAAAAUUAAGUAAAUUAGAAUAAGCUGCUAUGUAUAUUGCAGCAGCAGCCCAUGAUUAUGAUCAUCAAGGAUAUAAUAAUGUAUUUCUUAUAAAUACUAGUAAUAUUUUAGCAUUAAAAUAUAAUGAUAUAAGUGUAUUAGAAAAUCAUCAUGUAAGUAGUUUAUUUUAACUAGUAUUAAAUGAAAAAGUUAACAUAUUUCAGCAUUUUAAAAAUGAAGAGUUUAAAUAAUUUAGAGAAAUAGUAAUUGGUAUGAUUUUAGCUACAGAUAUGUCUAAACAUUUUUCUGAUAUUGCAAUGUUAAAAUCAAGAUUAAGUUAAGAUUUUGAAAUAGAUGGUAAAGAUAAAAAAAUUUGUAUGGAAAGCUUAUUACAUUCUGCUGAUGUUAGUAAUCCUAUUAAAGAAUGGAAAAUAUGCUUUUAAUGGACUAAUAAGGUUAUGACAGAAUUUUGGAAUUAAGGAGAUGAAGAAAGAUUACUUGGAUUACCUAUUGCUUAUUUAUGUGAUAGAUAUACUACUAAUGUUUCUAAAAGUUAAACUGGUUUCAUUGAUUUUAUUGUGAAACCUUUAUUUGAAGUUGUUGCUAUUGCUUUGCCUGAUUUAUAAUAAUAUUUAAAGAAUUUUGAGACUAAUAAAUAAAAUUGGAUUGAAUUACAACCAAAAUAUGAAGAAGAAUUAA